AUGCUCGAGGGACGCGUCGCUGGCCUACAGAGUCACGAGCAAGCUACUCCACCUCAAACGACACCAGCUGCAGCCAGUAACGACGAGUGCACGUCGUCAAUUACUUAUACACCCGAGGGUCGCGAUGGGGCCAGCGACUUGUCUUCCAGAGUGGGCAUGCUGGACUUUCGCACCUCUCAGACGGAGCCGCAGUACCUAGGCUCAUCAUCUGCAUUUGCAUUUUCCCGUAUUAUUAACCUUUCUCUCAGCAGCAAUCUCCCCAAUGCGCCUACACUGGGACAACUCAGCGACGGGCGUAGCUCGCCGUCUCCGUGCUUACUACCAGCCUACGAUGUUGCCGUCAAGUUGAGUGAUGCCUAUUUCAAGCAUAUCCAUCCCCAGUAUCCGUUCCUGCAUGAGCCGACUUUUAGAAAUUGGGAGGCAAUGCUCUACGAUUCGUCUCAAGACUUUACUGAGACUGGGUUCUCUUUCGCACCGCUGUUCUUCCUCAACAUGGUAUAUGCUGUCGCAGCAUUACUUUUACCAAACACUCAGUCUCUAGCCGGUGUAAGUCAUGACUUCCCUCUAGCGUCAAGUAUCGGUCAAGCUGAUUUUCAGCAGCAACUAUACAUCUCUGCUCAACUAUAUACCGACGUACUUUCGAAGGAUAAUAUUGAAUCCAUCCAGGCUCUGCUAUGCUACGCCAUGUACUCCCUUCGCUCUCUUGAAGGACCAUCCUUAUGGAAGCUCUCUGGUAUGGCAAUGCGACAAUGCAUCGAACUAGGAUAUCAUCGCGGCGUUAAACAGUUUGCAUCUGCUGCUAAUGUACUCCAACAAGAGAUGCGAAGGAGGGUCUUUUGGGUCGCCCAGGGAAUCGACUGCACUGUUGCUGUUCGGCUGGGUCGGCCUUUAGGUAUUCCACCUCAAGAAAUUGAUGCCGAGUUCCCGUCAGAUGUAAAUGACUCCGCUAUCACCGAGACUGGUAUCUUGGGCUCUCCAAGGAACGAUUCCAGCCAGCCACUGACUGAGCUGUCUACAGCUAUUCACGUCUUCAAACUGCGUUAUAUCUGGGCUCGCAUACAUACAUCACUGUUUUCGGAUACCGUCCGCCUAAGCGUUGAGGAUCACACGUACCAUGCUCGAAUCGAACAGCUUAGAGUAGACCUGGAUACGUGGUUCGCGAGUGCGCCUGCAGCACGCCCCCAUGUAAGCGACGACUUAUCCAUCUUUACCAAAAGAGCAUGGAGUCUACUAAAGGAGUAUAAAGAAUCGCUUAACAAGGUCUUUGAGGACUCCAUUGAGGCAUCUAGAAACAUCUGUCAAACCUAUCGUCGAUUAUACAUAGGCACUUCUAUAAGGGUUGACCUAUUUGCACUGCCUGUGGACGUCACCGGUAGCAUGGGAGUCGGUUCGACCGGAGGAUCGAUAGCCGAGGGCUGGCAGGCUGCUGCGCCAUAUCGCGAUACAUUCGAGGCUCUAGCGAAUCGUGUCAUCUCAAUGGUAUUCAAUAAGAACCGUGCCGUGCAGGCACCUUUACCUCCUCCAAGAGAAAAUGAAACUGGGGAUCAGAGCCAAGAUGCAUGGGGACACUGGAUGAAUGAUUUAGUAGAUGCCGGGGUUUUAGAAGGGGUUGAUGGACUUUUGGAAGGUUUCAUUGAUGAUUUCACAACACGGGUCGAUCCGUAA